CCGCAAUUGAAUGAAGAGGGCCAAGAGGACAGCUCCCCGGAAGAGGUUGUGGUGUCUCUGGAGCGCGAAGGGUGGGUGGCCUUUCGCAUGAGCCGCUCUGCGGCUCAAAAGAUUCAAGGGCUCCGAGAGAUGCUGCAGCUGGUCUUCCGCCUCUUCUGCAGCGAUUCUGAUGGCUUCGCCAAGUUAAUGGCAGACGGAGAGGUGGGUUCUACUAUCCUUGACCUCGUGGCCAAGAUGAUCCAAGCCGAAGGGCCAGAGAACAUGCGUGAGCGCCAAAGAGCCGGGGCCCUGGCGCUCAAUGGUUGGGGCCUCAGCUGAUCAACAGCUGCUCAUACUCUUCCACGUUUUCCCAGUAGGGCUGUG